AAAGUCGAUGAACAGAGACAGUGAAUGUGCGCGAGCUGAGAGCUGCAGUUUCUGCUUGUCUGCUUGUGCUUUUCUCGGAUGGGCUCGUAACUUUAUCCAAAAUAUAUAUUGUAAAGUUUGUGUUGUUCAUCGGAAUCUAAUAAAAAGAUGGGAUUAAAACAUCCAUAUUUCCUUGCAAGAACUGUGUUUGUAAAAAACAACGAUGUCGAACAUGCUUGUCGAAUAAUGAACAGAAUACUUGGACAAGAAGAAAUAUUAGACCAAUUUCGUCGAACUAGGUAUUAUGAGAAACCAAAUCAAGUAAGGCGACGUAUCAAUUACGAAAGAUGCAAGGCUAUUUAUGAUGAAGAUAUGGACCGUAGGAUUCAGUUUCUUUUAAGAAAGAACAGAGUGGACCCAUUCCCAGGAUGUUUAUAAGGUUCUUUAUCAUUCACAUGUAAAUAUUAAGAUACGAAUAAAAAUAUUUGUAAACAAGA